AGAGGAUCGAUAUUCCAUGUACUUCUAAGAGUCGCUUAAAAUUUUUUUUAUGUAACGAAUAUAUUCUUCAUUUCUGUAUAUGUUUUACGAGAAAAAAAGGGUCGACAAGAAUGAAGGACGGUAAAUGGAACGAUAGGGUGACAUUGAAUGUGGGUGGCGUUCGACACGAAACGUAUAAAGCGACGUUAAAGAAAAUCCCGGCGACCAGAUUAUCGCGACUGACGGAGGCGUUAGUGAAUUACGAUCCGGUACUGAAUGAAUACUUUUACGACAGGCAUCCGGAUGUUUUCGCACAGGUGCUCAAUUAUUAUCGCACGGGGAAACUGCACUAUCCCACGGACGUGUGUGGUCCGCUUUUCGAGGAGGAAUUGGAGUUUUGGGGUCUCGAUUCGAACCAGGUAGAACCGUGCUGCUGGAGCACAUAUAGCAUUCAUCGAGACACGCAAGCUACCUUGGCAAUCCUCGAUAAGCUCGAUAUCGAGGGCGAGAAGCUCGGCGACGAAAAAAUCGCGCGAGCUUUCGGUUUGGAGGAAAAGUAUCACGAGGACACCUUAACCAAAUGGCAGAGAUUACGUUCUCGCGUUUGGAUCCUUUUCGACGAGCCAUACUCGUCAUCGAUAGCCAAGUGCGUAGCCUGCGCGUCCAUAUUUUUCACCUGUCUGUCGGUUCUAUGUUUUUGCUUGAAGAGCCACGUGCCAAAGAAUAAUCAAGAACAAGAAGAUCUACUAAAGGAUCAUUGGAACAAUAUCGCCGCUGAUUCCUAUCGAGCAUUUUUUUACCUGGAACACGCUUGCAACGCUUGGUUCACCGUAGAAAUCGCGCUUCGCUGCCUCGUGAGUCCCAGCCUGAGGCAUUUCGCGGUGUCGCCGGUCAACGCGAUCGAUCUAGUGGCGACGAUGAGCUUCUACACCGAGUUCCUGGCGGAGCCGAACCUCUACCUGGAACUCCUGUCGAUAGCGCGUGUUUUACGACUGUUCAAGUUGACGAGGCACUCGCCUGGACUUAGAAUACUUAUCCACACCUUUAAAGCGUCCGCCAGAGAGCUGACUCUACUAGUCUUCUUUCUUGUGCUGGGAAUCGUGCUCUUUGCCAGUCUCAUAUUCUAUGCCGAACGCCUGCAGGAAAAUCCCAACAACGAUUUUGACAGCGUACCGCGAGGCUUGUGGUGGGCCUUGGUCACCAUGACCACCGUGGGCUAUGGCGAUAUGACACCGAAAACUUUCCCCGGGAUGUUCAUCGGCGGAUUGUGCACCCUCGCGGGUGUUCUUACUAUCGCUCUUCCGGUUCCGGUCAUUGUCAGUAAUUUUUCCAUGUUCUACUCGCAUACGCAGGCACGUGGCAAGUUACCGAAACAGAGAAGGAGAGUUCUACCUGUUACUCCGAGACGAACGAGGCCGUCGUGUCAAAGUUACACUGACAUCGAGGAUCACCUUUUGACGAGCUCAACUUCCAAAUCACUAGCGAGUUUAACGUCUCGAUCAAGCGUCAAUGGAUUAGAAACACCGAGAACAUGCAUAUCGAUUAAUAUGCCGGAAAUACGAAGGCAAUUACGAAAUCGGAGAACACGAAUACUUCAGUCGCAUCGAAUAGAAAUUUCAGCCCAAGUGGAAACGAUAUGAUCAAUCAACAAAUGUGCCUUCGACAGAAGUUUGAGAACAAAAUGCCACUUGCGUCUGCUUGUACAGUUGCUUUUGAUACUUUUACGAUAAUGUCAGAAAAUAAGCAUUAAGAUGUCGAUAAAGAAUAAUAUCUUAUAUUCGAC